GUGGUUAUCGUCUAGUCUCCGCUCCUCUGGGCAGUUCGGUGACACGCAUGCGCACUAACAGGUCUCUGGAAUCUGCUGCAGCUCGCACUACAGGGCUGAAGAGUCGACGCUGCCUUGGUAACAACACACAUGCUGUGCACGAGCUGGGGACCCAGAUUUCCUGACUUCAAAGGCUUCUUCCUACUACUCCUCUCAUCCAUCCAUCCCUCCCUGUUUCUCCCAUCAGCAGUCAACUGGGCGGCUGUGCCACCACUGUUAUGGACCCGUGGAAAUGCAGACAGGGUUGAAAAAGACGGAGUGAAAAAUAAAGAAGAAAGGAGAGAAACUACAGAAGCCGCGCACAGAUAAACCAUGCCGUUGGUAAAGCGCAGUAUAGAGCCUAGACACCUGUGUCGAGGUGCAGUACCCGAUGGAGUCACCAGUGAACUGGAGUGUGUUACCAACAGCACCCUCGCUGCCAUCAUCAAACAGCUUGGCAGCCUUAGUCGUCAUGCGGAGGACAUCUUUGGAGAGCUGUUCAACGAAGCCAACAGCUUCUACAUGAGAAUGAACAACCUACAGGAGAGAGUAGACCUACUGGCUGUCAAAGUCACCCAGCUAGACUCCACCGUGGAAGAAGUCUCUCUGCAGGACAUCAACAUGCGUAAGGCGUUUAAGAGCAGUACCAUCCAGGACCAACAGGUGGUCUCACGGACCUCAGUCCCCAACCCUGUGGUAGAGAUGUACCAUCGCUGUGACAAACCUCCACCUCUCAACAUACUCAGUACCUAUAGGGAUGAUAAGAAGGAUGCGUUGAAGUUCUACACAGACCCCUCCUACUUCUUCAUGCUGUGGAAAGAGAAGAUGCUUCAGGCCACAGAGGACAAGAGGAAGGAAAAGAGACGACAGAAGACCAGCUGUCCGGCCCACUCUGACCAGGGUAGACCCCACAGCAGACAGGCUCCACCUCGCAGCCCACUACCCAGCUCCGAGCAGCACAAACAGGUAGAGGACCCGGGAAGGGAGGUGAAGAAGGUUCGUAAGGCCCGUAAUCGCAGACAGGAGUGGAAUAUGAUGGCUUAUGACAAGGAGUUCCGCCCCGAUACCAGACUCACCCCCUCACCCUAUCACGGAAUGUCCUCCGAGGGGUCGCUAUCACCCGAUAACAGGUCGGUGGCAUCAGACAUGGGUGAGCACUCCUACCCGGCCAGCCCUAACCACCCCUCCCAGCCCCCCUCCGCCCCCCACCCUAUCGACGUUGCCCCCCACCUCACCCAGACACCACAGACCCAGUCCUUAGACAGAGGUGGGUACCCUCGACCUAACCUCCCCUCUGGUGCAGUCGCUGGGGGAAGACAUAUCGCCUCUCUGGGGCGCACCCAGCACCCCCACGCACCCCCCGCCCCCUCUGAGGGGGGAGCACUCAAUGGACCACGGCAGCAGUCUGUCAAGGACUACAGGGCAUAUGGCGGCCAGCCAUCAACCAUCCCUGAGUACUUCACCCCCCCCUGCCCCUCCCCCCCCCCCACUCAUCCCUCCCCUCCUCCCCCCGCCCCCCUGCCAACUAUGUCCCCUCCCCCUCUCACCCCCCUCCGGUGCCCCUCCCACUGCCCCCCUCCUCCCCCGCCCGGCCUGCCCCCCUCCCACAUCCUGUCUCCGGCUCAGGCCAUUGGUGGAGAAGCUCCUGCCACCAAGAAGGGCCAGAUGCCGAUGAUUCCAAUAAGCGACGCUCGCAGCGACCUGUUGGCCGCCAUACGUAGAGGUAUCCAGUUGAGGAAGGUCCAGGAACAGAGAGAGCAGGAAGCGAAGAGAGAGCCAGUUGGAAACGACGUGGCCACCAUCCUAUCACGUCGCAUCGCCGUCGAGUACAGCGAAUCAGAUUCCGACUCCGGCGGGGAGGACAACGGGGAGUGGUCCGACUGAGAGGGGUCAGGGGUCAAUGGGUUAAGGUGGGACAAUGGUUAGGGGUCAAAGUAUUCAAAACUUUAUUCAAAAUGAUUGAAUUAAAAUUCAAUUUCUGUCCCCGCUCCCACCACACACACAUAGAGACUUUAAAGGGAUAGACCAACCCCCAACCCACCUAACAUUGCUGUGCUUAAGUAGCAUUGCUAACACACUACAUUACCUCUACUCAAGCACUAUAACUGUAACACAACCAAUCAACCAAUCAAGCAAUGCUAUACUAGAGGACUGCAGUACAUGCCAGUGUACAGUACAACACUACAACAAGCUAUAACUCAACUUCACUUUGCUGAAGUAAACUAAAUGAAAUGGUCUGAAAUGGAGAAGAGGAAAUGGAGGGAAGGGAUUAUUUGUAAAUACAUAGAGGAGCACAAGUGAGGAAGGGAGAUAGAAGGUGGGUGACACAUACAUGUUUUUAUUCAGUUAUUUAUUUCAUAUGGCACAUCAUUCACAAUCUGUGAGUAAAGAGAUGCAAAUAUGUAUCCAUAGCAACUAACACUAAGCAUCAGAAAGUUCAGAUAGUUGCCCUCGACAACGCUAAUUCUAGAACACAAACAGACAAGGUCCCGGGGAUUGUCACUGCAAAACAUGAGGGGUGUGGGUGUGAUGCACCCUGGGAUGCCAUAGUGUGUGAAACUGCAUAGGAUCCCUCUUAACAACACACCAUCCACCUCCUCUCCACUUGUAAACGACAACAACAAACUCAUAAAACAAAACCCAGCUCAGAAAAUAAAAUACCAGUAUGCAAUGCUUUUAAAUAUGGCUUUACACUAAUGCCUCAAGUUUUAAAAUGUAUGUUUUAAGAGAAUAAUAAAAACACUAUAUAGGUUUGCAUCAGCAACAAUUACUCUGUAUGGGAGUGAACAAACAUACUAUUUCAGUAUGAUGCAGUGGGUUGACGUAUUUUCAAGUGCACAUUUUUCAGGGCAUGUGGAAUUGUGGGUAAUGAAUUGUGGGUAAUAAUCAGUCUCAAUAUUAGACAAGGUUCAUUAUAUCUAUACUCAAGCCUCAGCUUUUUGUUUGCUAUAUGAAGUAGCAUUGUACAGCUGCACACAUAUGCCUAGCUAACUCCAUCAUCUAACGUUACUCACAUCGUCUCAACAACGUUUAAACAACGCUGCAAACCACUAGACUGCUGACCUUUAUUUGUCUGUUAAUUAUAUAUUUGCUCAGUGGUUGUAGGGCAGGGGUCUCAAACUCCUGGCCCACGAGCCAAAUGCGGCCCCGAAAUGAUUUAAUGUGGCCCCCAGGGCACAAUGAGUUUGCAACCAAACUAUAAUCAGGGAUCUGAUCCCUGAUCAUAAAGGCUUUUAAUAAGUACAGGUUGCAAAAUAAAGAAAGAAAGACAUUGAGAAAAGACACAGACACUGAAAAUACUUUAUUUUGCGUUGUUUCAACGUGACACAGGAUAUGAAGCAAAUAAAAAGGGAUAUUGCACCUUUUGUUGUUUUACCCCUAAUGGUAAAGGUAAGGGGUAGGCUAAGCUGAUCCUAGAUCUUUGCCUAUGGGAAACUUCUAUCCUCAAUAUACAGUACAUAAGAACAACUGGAAUGUGAUCCAAUUUUUAGCAUCAAACAUUGUAGUUUUAUGACAACAAAGUUCUAAUUUGCAUUCUAAACUAGAAUGUCUUGGAACUAUUGGUGCCAACAUGAUAAAUAUACAACUUCUAAGGCCCAGUCUAAAAUGAUACCCUAUUCUCCCUGUAGUGCACUACUUUUGACUAAAUAUUAGAUAGUGCACUACUUUGUACUAAAAGUAGUGCACUAGCAUAUAUUGAGAAUAGGGUGUCAUUAGUAGCCGAAGUCAAUAUAUCUCAAACCAAGUCAAUUUAACUCAGUAUCUCUAAAGCUGUGGUUUACGAGUAACAUUGUGUUUUAAAUGAAAUUGUAUAGAAUUCUGGUAAGAAACUGCUUGUAACGAAUUUGGGUAUCUAGAUAAAGAGAAGAAACAUCUGUGUAUUACACGAAACAAACUGUAGGCAAAGUAUGCAUGUAUGAAUAGCUAAUAAUAAAUGUGAAGAUAAUUCUGA